ACCAAUGACUUAUUGAGAUGAGAAAUGAGAAGUAGUUGAAUGGAAACCCAUACUGAUUUAAUUGUUUUAAGUCUUUAUAUUUAAAUAGUUGUUAUUCAUGCGGCUUAAAUAUGCUUUUUUAAGAAUAUUGGUUCAAUCUGAUCGAGUAAAAUGUCCUUGAGAGUGCGACAGUUUUUCCUUCGACCACAAGUAAAAGGUUUCAUUCUGAAUGAUUUGAUCUCUGGGAAACAUGUGUUGAAUCAAUCAUAUGUGAAAUGUGCUGCAAAAUUACCAGUUUUGGCAUCAGACCUUGAGCUUUCAUUGGCAGCUUUGAACAUCAACACUAUAAGAACACCUCCUCUAGGAGACCCUGCCAAGAGUAGAAUACCUCCGCCACCACCGUCUGUACCAUGGAACAUCCAACUUCCACAAAUACAGAACAGGAUAAGUUACGAAGAACAAACACCCAACAAAACUGUAGAAGAUCCCAGUAGACCGGGAGUGCUUGAAAAACAAGCUGCGAGAUUAAUCGUUAUAAGACGGAGAAAAAUGAGGAAACAUAAGUUGAAAAAGCUUAGAAAAAAGAUGAAAUUUGAGUGGGCUAAAGUAAGACAAAGGAGGGAAAUGCGAAAGGAGAAGCUCUUUCAAGCUGGUCUAAUCGAAAAAAUCAAGUUGGCUGAAGCCUUUGAUCCAGUCAAGUAUACAGCUGACAAAAUUGCCAAGUCAAAGGUAGUCGAUCUACCUAAACACUGGCAUGGAGUACGUUACCCAGAGUUCAUCAUUAAACAGCUGAUUGAAGAGAAAGAAGCAAAAGAAAAAGAAGCCAAGGCAGACGAGAAAAGAAGAGCAAGUAUGAGUCCUUAUGUUAAAGAUUAUUUGAAAAACUUACCAAAGUCAUAAUACUUUACAGUGUAAACUAUAGUGUGGUCAGAAUUUACUAGGGUUGCAAAUAAAGUAUAACAGUGUUGC